AUGGUAUCAACUCCGACAACCAAUACAUGCGGCGACGACAGGUUUGGCCCUGUCGUCACAACAGUGGGCUGUCGCGGGGGCUUCGAUUUCACCGUGCUUUUCGAAGGAAGCGUCUUGAACAUCGUACCGGCUGCUUGUUUCCUCCUGCUGGUGCCCAUUCGCUUGGUUCACCUGUUCAGACAGUCGCCCAAAGUACUUUCGUCUGCUAUUCGUGUGGCAACACUAGCUGUUUCCAUAUCCUUGGCGGUUCUUCAGGUCUCUCUUCUUGCACUUGUCACGACCCAGCACUCCUCUGGAGGGCGCGUCGUGCUUACUGGCACCAUCCUUGAUCUCGUAGCGGCGCUUGCCGUCGUCCUACUGGUUGACCUGGAGUAUAUCCGGUCCAUUCGACCACCUUUUCUUGUAUCUGCUUAUCUGUUUUCCACGUUGCUUCUAGACCUUCCUCGCGUGCGCACGGCCUGGCUGGAACCUGACAACCGAGCAUACCCGGCCUGCCUGUCGGCCUCUCUCGCCAUCAAAUUCGUUCUAUUGGUGCUAGAGAACGUCGAAAAGCGAAAAUGGUUUGUACCUAGCGGAAAGACGAACUCUGGUGAGAGCAUUAGUGGACCGUUCAAUAGAGGCUUAUUUGCCUGGUUGAACGGCCUGCUGCGAAACGGGUACUCUGUUCUGUUAACCGGGGAUGCGCUGCCUGCUAUCCACGAGAAAUUGUUUUCCCAGGAUUUGUCCACAAGAUUCGCAGAUUCAUGGGCACGCUGCAAUCAAAACCGACAGAAUCCGUUACUUCUAGCUGUUAUUAAGUGCCUGCGCUGGGAAAUUGUGGGAGUUGCUUUCCCCCGGCUCUGCGUUGUGGGAUUCAGUAUUGCGCAGCCAUUCUUAGUGGGAAAAGUUACCACCGUUCUGCAGCAGACUGACUCUUUCUCGCUGGAUAUGGGCUACGGCUUGAUUGGAGCCACUGCCCUGAUCUUUAUUGGAAUUGCCGUAUCAAAGGCCUCUUACGAGCACCUGGGGUAUCGUACUACGACUAUGCUCCGUGGUGGUCUCAUGGCCGUUGUUUUCAAGCACAUGAUGAACCUGCCACUGGGAAACAUUGAUGAAUCGAGUGCUAUGUCUCUUAUGGGUUCUGACAUAGAGAUGCUUGCUGAAUACUUCCAAUCCACGGUUUGCGAGACUUGGGCUAACAUCCUACAACUGGGGCUAGCUACCUGGCUACUGGAAACCCAGAUGGGUGCUGUCUGCAUUGCGCCCAUUGCGGUUGUCAUAGUUUUCACGGCCGCGUCAUUUGGCAUGGGCAAUGUCGUGUCUUCUCGGCAGAAGACAUGGCUUGAAGCUACCGAGAAGCGCAUAAAUUUCACCUCUGCUGUACUCGGGUCUAUUCGAAAUGUCAAGUUUCUUGGGUUGACCGAGAACAUGGGAGCCAUGAUUGAAGCCUCCCGCACGGAAGAGCUGAAGAUCUCGAAAAAGUUUCGCCGCAUCCAGACCAUUCGUGUCUGCAUGGUCAAUUCUCCUGCAAUCGUUGGACAGCUCGUAACAUUUACAACAUAUGGUAUAGUAGCCGCAGUUCGAGGCUCUGGUUUCCUUUCCGUCUCGCAAGCCGUCACCUCGCUCUCAUUGAUUAACUUGAUGAUCAACCCAUUGAGUUCCCUCUUGUUGGCGAUUCCGGACACAUUUGCCUCGAUGGGAUGCCUGGGUAGAAUACAGGACUUUCUCAGAAACCCGAAUCGUCUGGAAAAGAGACAGUUUGCCCAUUUGAAACAAAACUCCUCUACUCCAUUUGCCAUGGUACCCGAUAUCGAGCUAUCUCCUCUUCCACCGAUUCAGGAGAAGCAAACCGGCCUAGUUCUAUCACUUCAAAACGUUCGCUUCGGAUGGAACCCCUCUCCCCAAGACAGGUCUGGGAUCACACUCACGCUAGGGCCUUCUCCCACAGGUACACUUGUCAUCAUUGUUGGUUCAGUUGGUUGCGGUAAGUCAACCUUCCUCAAAGGCCUUGCAGGUGAAACUCCCGUGCUGGAGGGAGAGCUUUUCAUCAAGUAUCCGGACCUGGCCUUCUGUGAGCAAACACCGUGGUUGACCAAUGCAUCAAUUCGGGAUAAUGUUCUUGGCGAGAACUCGCUCUCUGAAUUUGACGCUGGCUGGUAUUCUAUGGUAAUCAGCGCAUGUGCCUUGGAUAAGGAUCUCAAAAGAAUGCCGGCUGGCGACGGGACGCUUGUGGGUAGCAAAGGUGCCAAACUAAGUGGAGGACAAAAGCAAAGGAUUGCUAUUGCGCGAGCUCUCUAUGCCCGCAAACGUAUCGCCUGCUUUGAUGACGUUCUGAGUGGGCUUGACAAUGAGACCGCGCGUCUGGUGUUUAGCAAUGUCUUUGGCCCAGCUGGACUGCUGCGUCAACUGGGUUGUAUAGUCUUCCUAGCUACUCACAGCAGUCGGUACACCCUAUCCCCCAAAUAUCUGGCUUAUUUCAUUCCAGUUUGCACUCGUGCUAAUUAUUCCUUAGUUCACCACUUACCACAAGCCGAUAAUAUAAUUGUUCUUGGGGAAGAUGGCCAGGUCCUCGAGCAAGGCAGCUACCCUCAGCUUCAAAGCCAGCCAGGCGGUUACAUUCAAAAGAAUGGAAUUCAUGCCGAGCGGAUUGGAGACGUCGAAAAAGAAAAUGACAACAGCAAUCCGCCACUGGAGUAUUUAGAAGCCACGUCAGGUCCUUUGAGCAUCCCUUCUCCAACUAAUGGCAAUCGGCUGAUAGCCGAUUUGGCUGUGUACAAGUACUACUUCUCUGCUCUAGGCUGGCUGCGACUUUCUAUAUUGCUUUUUUGCCUUGUUGUUGAUUCGGGUGUAAAUGGAAUCCGCUAUGUAUGGAUCAACCUUUGGUCGUCCAGUGAUGAGAACGGCUCUAAUUCAAGCUUGGGGUACUGGCUUGGAAUAUAUGGAGCAUUGUCCGUAAUCCAAGCUUGUGCGCUUACCAUGGCCGUAUUCUGGACAUGGGUUAUUAUUGUCCCAACUGCCUCGAGGAAUCUUCAUGCUAGUGUGCUGCGCGCGUGUAUGAGUGCUCCUUUGUCUUUCUUGUCUAAUGUUGAAACCGGAGCCCUUGUGACCCGUUUCAGCCAGGACAUGAGGCUGAUCGACAUGAUCCUACCUCGCAGUUUUAUCUCAACAGGAUUUCUGCUUUCUGCCGCCCUCGCGCAAGGCGCCGUUGCAAUAGCUUCCCUGCCCUAUUUGGCAGCCGCUUUGCCAUUUUUGUUUGCUCUAUUAUUCCUAAUCCAGCGGUUUUACCUACGCACAUCUCGCCAGCUGCGGUUGUUGGAAAUUGAGCUCAAAAGUCCGCUGUACACCCACUUUAUUGACUCCCUCGCUGGGAUUACUACCAUCCGUGCCUUCUCAUGGACGAAUGGUUGCACAUCCAGGAUGCUUUCCAUGCUCGACGCUGCCCAGAAGCCCUUCUAUCUUCUUCUGUGUAUUCAACGUUGGCUUAGUCUGGUUCUUGACCUGGUUGUGGCCGGUUUGACCGUCCUUCUCGUCGGAGCUGCCAUUGCUCUUCGCAGCCGUGUUGACCCAGGUCUGUUGGGUAUUGGCCUUGUCAUGAUGAUUGACUUGGGAGAGGUACUCUCUAAGCUUAUUCAGAAUUGGACUCUGCUUGAGACAUCGUUGGGGGCGAUUGCACGGAUAAAAGAGUUUUCUGAAGAUACUCCUAGUGAGGAGAGAGGUACGACUGAUCAGGCUUACGAGCAACCCCCUGACUGGCCAAGUCGGGGUGAGAUUGAGUUUGUUGGUGCGAGUAUCACGUAUGAUUGCUCGGGUGAGACAAAUCCCGUACUGAACAGUGUCCAUCUCCACAUCCAUGCCGGAGAGAAGAUUGGACUCUGUGGUAGGACUGGAAGCGGCAAAAGUAGCCUGGCCUUGUCACUUCUCCGCCUGAAUGAAAUAAAAUCAGGCCAAAUCAUGAUUGACGGACAAGAUAUAUCGUUCAUAGACCGGUCAUUCAUAAGACAGCGGAUAAGCUGUCUCAGUCAGGAGCCGUUCCUUUUCCCAGGCACCAUCCGGCAGAACGCUGACCCCCUUAAUGUGAUUACGGACACGGAAAUCAUCGAUGCUCUGCAGUGCGUCGGACUCUGGGAUACUCUCACGGCAACCUACGGUCAUGGUGGAGCGGUACUGGAUACAAAAUUGAACGACGCCAUUUUAUCCCAAGGCCAGAGGCAACUAUUCUGUCUAGCAAGGGCUCUACUAAAGAAGAGUAAAAUAUUGAUAUUAGAUGAGCCAACAAGCAGCCUGGAUACGGAGAAAGAUGCCAAAGUCCAGAAGGUCAUUCGAGAAUCGUUUCAUGGCUGCACCGUAAUCAUGGUAGCACAUAGGUUGCGUACUCUGCUUGACUUUGAUCAGGUUGCUGUUCUGGAUAGUGGGCGGGUGGUAGAAGUGGGCAAUCCGCAAGAGUUACUGGACAGGCGGGACGGGUCAUUUUCAAAGCUGUUGGAUAUAGAGUCGUGA